AUGGCAACACAUGAAAAUAAGGAGAAGGAUGACCUCAUUUCCGCCCUACGGAAUCAGAACCUACGAUAUGACGAACAUAUCGGCCAGCAGAACCAACUCGUUGCCCGCAUCGCCAACACAAUAAGCACGGUUUUUAAGGUGUAUCAAGAGGCAUUCAAGAAACCGGACGAGCUUCCCAGCCCACUUUCGAGCGCUGGAUUCCACCAGCGCGAGACCGAUGACCACAGUCACUUCAGCCAUGAUUCUGAUUCUGAUUACUAG